UAGAAAUCAAAAUAAGCUUUUUUCUCCUUUUCUUCACUUAAAUCAUUUUUCUGUAAAAGAGCAGGUUACCUUUGCAAGCAUGACGUUGAUAAAGACAAGACUAACCAUAAAACUUCUCCUUCUUGUGUCUGUCAGUCUCUCGCUUUCCCAACAGGACGGAAUAGAGCGAAAGAGACCAAAAAGUAUCGUGAAGAAACCAGUCAGUAUCAAGGAGAUCAUCCGAUAUGGUGAGAGGGGAAGCAAUGCGCUGGGAGAAGUUCACCAGAAAAACAGAUCAUUUGUAUCUAAUCCAUUUUUGCCGAUGAAGGUGUCAACUGACACUAGUCUAAGGAAAACGAAAAUGUUGUCGUUAAAUAAAGAGGCAGACAACAACACGGGACGAGCUAUUGUUUGUGGACCAGAAGGAGCUAAAUUUAACAUAACAUGGAAACCAAAAAUCAUCGAUCCGGAAAAGUUCGUCCAGAUUCAUCUUAACAUCACUGCUCCCAUUAACUUAACCGAGGGUAGGGCCCAUAUAGAUGUGUAUUUGGAAGGUAGCCCUGACAGACUUUUUUCAAUGGACCAAGAAAUCGCUUGUGAUGACUUUUCCAAAAAGAUUCCCUUCCUAGAAUGCCCUGUUAAGGAAGGACAUAAUUUAACCUUGCCUUUGCUUUUCGACCAGUUACAAGCAUUACCAGUCGGAUCUUUCACCAUUGUGUUGAAUGUGUGCAGUUAUUUACAGAAUUCCCAAGUACUGUUUGCGUGUCUGAAUGCUACCUUAGAGAUUAAACCAUCAACGGUUAUGUUUAAAACACCAUAAUUAAGACAGUGCCAAAAUGGUAUUACAAAAGAGCUACUGUUAACUUAGCAGCCUCUUUUAAUUCGAUUUAAAUUCACCAUAAUGAUACCUUAUUUUGGGAAAACCGUUUCGCUAUCGUUGGUUAGAAGUAAUAAAUAGCCUCCUUUUCCUUUAACAACUCGUUAAAUGAGGUUGGUGAAAUUGCUUAGGCUUUAUUUUAUAAAAUAUUAUCGCCAAAAAAAGCCAGCUGUUUUUUAAAGGUAUCAAUGUUUUCGGACGAUACUGCUGUUAUGCUUCCCACACUGAUGGACAUGUAGCAUUCUGGCAUAAAAGUGGCAAUCUGUUUGUAAAUAUUACCAAGCUUUGAUCUUUGCACCUUCCAGGGUCAAUGCUUUCUUCGCGAUAAACUUGAAUUUGUUGUGUGCUAAACGUGAACGUUUAACUUGUAAAUGUAUGUUGUUUGAACUUUGAGCUAUAUUUUUGUAUGUGUAGCUGUAGUGUUGUUUAUGGAUAUACUUUUGGGAAUGCUCUUUGUUUUGCAAUGUAGUGUCUACAUUGAUAUUUGAUUUGACCUAAUAUUUGAUUUGAUAACGGGCGUACCCACAUUAUUGCCACGUUAUUAUCAAAAUAAAAUAUCUUA